GCCUCCGUGCUGCUGAUUGGCGCGAUACCAUUUGAGGCUGUGUUUGAUAACAGAGAGGAGGGCGAGACGAGGACGACGGUUUUAGGUCAUUAGCGACGUUUUUCAGAAAACCAGCACAGGAUUAAAACCUGCUUCGGAAACUAAAAUAUCAAAGUGCUUCUCCUGUUUGAGCUGUAAGGGUGAUGUCAGCAGCCUGUCUCGGGCGCCUCGCAAGGUGCAGUGGUUCCCAUGUGGGACGUAAUGGUCUUUUACACAUGGCCAUAGUCCCACUCCCAUUCCAACAGGUCAGCCGACCUCCGUUCACAAUCUUCCAGCGACAACUCUACAGCCCUUCAGGAAAACGACACAGCAACACCCGCUUUGACGCAGAUAGCAGUGGCCAACCGACUACCUGGGAUUCAUUUGGCAUCUGGGACAAUCGCAUCGAUGAGCCCAUUCUGCUGCCUUCCAGCAUUCGCUACGGGAAGCCCAUUCCCAAAGUCAGCUUAUCCAGGGUGGGCUGUUCCUCGCUUAUUGGCCAACGCAAAGACAACGAAGACCGCUUCCAGGUUUCCCAGAUGACUGACAGCAUCCUUUACUUUGCUGUGUUUGAUGGGCACGGCGGGCCGGGAGCAGCUGACUUUUGUGAAAAAUACAUGGAGAAAUUCAUCAAGGAUCUUGUUGCGGAGGAGUCCAAUCUGGAAGUAGUUUUAACGAAAGCUUUCCUUGAAAUAGACAAAGCUUUUGCAAGGCACCUGCACUUCUGUCCAAAGGACCCGCGGACGAACACAGGAACCACCUCCACCGUGGCGCUGCUGAGGGACGGCAUCGAGCUGGUGGUGGCCAGCGUCGGCGACAGCCGCGCCAUGCUUUGCCGCAAAGGCAAGGCCCUGAAACUCACUGAUGACCACACUCCCGAGAGGAAGGACGAGAAAGAGAGGGUAAAGCGGAGCGGGGGUUUUAUCACCUGGAACAGUCUCGGACAGCCGAACGUCAACGGCAGGUUGGCGAUGACGCGCAGCAUCGGAGACUUUGACCUGAAGAGCACGGGGGUCAUCGCUGAGCCUGAAACCAAGAGGGUAUCGCUGCACCACGCCCACGACUCGUUUCUGGCGCUGACCACGGACGGCAUUAACUUCAUCAUGAACAGUCAGGAGAUCUGCAACGUCAUCAACCAGUGCCACGACCCCAAGGAGGCAGCUCAGAGAAUAGCUGACCAGUCUCUUCAGUACGGCUCAGAGGACAACAGCACGAUUGUGGUGGUGCCCUUUGGUGCUUGGGGAAAGCACAAGAGCUCGGACACCAGUUUCUCCUUCAGCAGAAGCGUCGUGUCCAGCGGUCGCUGGGCGUAGACGCGCGUACGUCGGAGGUAAAAGUUUGCUGUCUGUGACCCAAUUCAUCUGUGCAAUACAAUCGGAAAACGGUGCCCCAGUGGAAACAUUAAGAAGAGCGUGAUUGGCCCAAACCGUAAAACCGAAGGGUUUACGACGUGUUAUUUAGAGCAUAUUCAUCCUCCAUGUGGUAACAGGUGGAGGAUUUAUGAUGUGCAAUAAAUGGGGGAAAAUCCUCAUUUUAUAAAUUAUUUUAUCUACUAGCAAGCCAAUGACCGUAUAGGUGCUGUGAGAUGUUUGAAUGGAACAUAGGUAAGGCUGUUCCAAAUAUUUCUUAGCUUUCAAAACCUCAUUUAUAAUAUUGAUAUUCAAAUCUAAAAUGAAUGUAGAGCUUGUUUUAACUGGAGUCAUCCCGGGUAGAGUCGGGGGGGUCAAAGGUUUUAAGGACUUGGAGUCGUUUGGGUCAACAUAUCUUAAGUAUUUCUUUCUAUCCGUACUGCCACGUCUAAGGACUUCCAUUUGAACACUGCACGUAUUGUUUUCCAGGUACUCUCACUUACUGACCCCCCACAGGCAACAUUAAUGUGUAAUUGCACAUUCUUGGUGGUUUGGGAAAACACAACCCAGAAUGAUCUGGUGAAUUAUUGUGAAUGAAGCUGCUCAAAGCUGUUUUACAUGAACAGCAUUCGAUUGGCUGUUUAGAAGAUAUUCCUGCCUUUUGUUGUAUGAGCUUGUAUAAGUGUUAAUAUCUAUACUGAUUGGAAAUGGUCUUGUGCGUCCAGAUCAAAGAAAUGUACACAUGUAUGUUUUGUAAAUAGUUAUAUUUAUGUACAUCUGGAAAAACUGAUAGUUCUUGUUGCGUAACAAGCUCCCCUGAAGGAAGUCUCAUAUCAGAAACGUUCAGACACAGGACUUUACUUUGUGUACAGCUGCAUUAUUUUUAAUGCAACUUACAACCAGUAAUCAAGCUUUUAAUGUGUCACUCGGAAAAGAUCAAAGCACACUUAAUGCAACACUAAAUUCGACGAUUCGAUGUUUGUUUAUUAAGAAAUCUCAAUCGUGCCGAGUCCGUUAGCUGUAUUUGCGGAUACGUUAGCAGACUUAAAGCCUCCGAUCGACACUACUGUUUCUGUUGUUUGUGUUGUGGUUGUUUUAAAGCUCGAGAACUGCAGCGUUUCAUAUUUAUCAUCAUUGUUCUAUCCGUGAGAUGUUGUGCAGCUAUCAGUUUUUUCCUCAAACACCAUUCAUAGAUGUUUUGUAAAUACAGUUUUUUUUUUCUUCUCUCUACUCUAUUGGAUGAAACAUUGAAAUAUAAUAAGGACUUCCUAUUAACGCGUUCUCCUUAGAAAUGUCUGUAUCGUUCAAAGUCAUCUAUCACCGUGUGCUUUUCAGUUACGGUAUACUGUAUUUUAUUUUGAUGUCUUUUAAAUGCAAUAGUUUCAACUCGAUCUGUAUCUGGGACCUAAAUGUGACUCCUAAAUGUGUUAGCACUGUAUUCCUGGUCUGAACCGGCUUGUGUCCAUUCAAUUAAAAACUUGACAUUAAAAUGAUCAACACAUUUAA